CUUGAAUUAAGUAGCAAUUUUUACUUGCUCUAAAAUUCAAACCUAUGUUACUCAGAUUUACGAUGUUAAUCAUUAGUACUGGACAAUUUGGACCUCAAAUGUAUUAAUAUAGAAUUUAUAUACUUAUAACUGAUUGAUCAAUAAUGAAGGAUCAUCUUCAUGAUUGUUAAGUCAUUUCAUGGUGAAUGAAUUCUAUCAAUCUAAUUAUUUCUUUGAUGAUGAUGAUGAUGAUGAUGAUGAUGAUGAUGAUGAUGAUGAUGAUGAUGAUGAUGAUGAUGAUGAUGAUGAUGAUGAUGAUGAUGAUGAUGAUGAUGAUGAUGAUGAUGAUGAUGAUGAUGAUGAUGAUGAUGAUGAUGAUGAUGAUGAUGAUGAUGAUGAUGAUGAUGAUGAUGAUGAUGAUGAUGAUGAUGAUGAUGAUGAUGAUGAUGAUGAUGAUGAUGAUGAUGAUGAUGAUGAUGAUGAUGAUGAUGAUGAUGAUGAUGAUGAUGAUGAUGAUGAUGAUGAUGAUGAUGAUGAUGAUGAUGAUGAUGAUGAUGAUGAUGAUGAUGAUGAUGAUGAUGAUGAUGAUGAUGAUGAUGAUGAUGAUGAUGAUGAUGAUGAUGAUGAUGAUGAUGAUGAUGAUGAUGAUGAUGAUGAUGAUGAUGAUGAUGAUGAUGAUGAUGAUGAUGAUGAUGAUGAUGAUGAUGAUGAUGAUGAUGAUGAUGAUGAUGAUGAUGAUGAUGAUGAUGAUGAUGAUGAUGAUGAUGAUGAUGAUGAUGAUGAUGAUGAUGAUGAUGAUGAUGAUGAUGAUGAUGAUGAUGAUGAUGAUGAUGAUGAUGAUGGAAAUAUUCAUUUCAACUUACAAUGA